AUGUCUUUCUGCCGAGCCUCACCCCAGGAGUGUAGAGGUUCUGCAGUCUCUAUAGCCCUGGAGGCAGGUGUAGCUGGCUUGGGAAAAGAUAGUCUGGACCUCUUGCCUGUUCUCCUCAGUAGCUCAGACCCAAGGCUACGAGCUGUUCUGACGCGGGGCGCCGGGGACCCGGCCCGGUACCUCAGCCCCGGCUGGGGCAGCGCCAGCGAGGAGGAGCCGAGCCGCGGGCACGGUGGUGCCACCACAAGUGGGGGCGAGAAUGAGCGUGAGGACCUGGAACAGGAGUGGAAGCCUCCGGACGAAGAGUUAAUCAAGAAACUGGUGGAUCAGAUCGAAUUCUACUUUUCUGAUGAAAACCUGGAGAAGGAUGCCUUCCUGCUAAAGCAUGUAAGGAGGAACAAGCUGGGGUAUGUGAGCGUCAAGCUACUCACGUCCUUCAAAAAGGUGAAACACCUUACACGGGACUGGAGAACCACAGCACAUGCUUUGAAGUAUUCAGUGACCCUUGAGUUGAAUGAGGAUCACCGGAAGGUGAGGAGGACCACCCCUGUCCCACUGUUCCCCAAUGAGAACCUCCCCAGCAAGAUGCUCCUAGUCUAUGACCUCUUCCUGUCCCCUAAGCUGUGGGCCCUGGCCACCCCCCAGAAGAAUGGAAGGGUGCAGGAGAAGGUGAUGGAACACCUGCUCAAGCUCUUUGGGACCUUUGGAGUCAUCUCGUCAGUGCGGAUCCUCAAACCCGGGAGAGAGCUGCCCCCUGAUAUACGGAGGAUCAGCAGCCGGUAUAGCCAGGUGGGGGCCCAAGAAUGUGCCAUUGUGGAGUUUGAGGAGGUGGAAGCAGCCAUCAAAGCCCAUGAGUUCAUGGUCACAGAGUAUCAGGGCAAAGAGAACAUGAAAGCUGUCCUGAUUGGUAUGAAGCCUCCCAAAAAGAAACCUCCCAAAGACAAGCACCAUGACGAGGAGCCCACUGCAAGCAUCCACCUGAACAAGUCCCUAAACAAGAGAGUUGAGGAGCUUCAAUACACGGGUGAUGAGUCUUCAGCCAACAGCUCCUCGGACCCCGAGAGCAACCCCACAUCCCCUAUGGCUGGACGGCGGCAUGCGGUCACCAACAAGCUCAGCCCUUCUGGCCACCAGAAUCUCUUUCUGAGCCCAAAUGCCUCUCCAUGCUCAAGUCCUUGGAGCAGCCCCCUGGCCCAGCGCAAAGGCGUUUCCAGGAAAUCCCCACUAGCUGAGGAAGGCAAGCUGAACUCUAGCACCAGUCCUGAGAUCUUUCGCAAGUGCAUGGAUUAUUCCUCUGACAGCAGCGUCACUCCCUCUGGCAGCCCCUGGGUUCGGAGGCGCCGCCAAGCCGAGAUGGGGUCCCAAGAGAAAAGCCCUGGUGCAAGUCCCCUGCUGUCCCGGAAGAUGCAGACUGCAGAUGGGUUACCUGUGGGAGUGCUGAGGUUGCCCAGAGGCCCUGACAACACCCGAGGAUUUCACGGUGGACACGAGAGGAGCAGGGCCUGUGUAUAAAUACCUUCUAUUUUUAAUACCAGCUCCAUUGAGAACCACUUUUAUUUUCAAAGUUCUGACAAAUACUUGGCAUGACAUAGAAUGGACUUCAGUCCCCUUUGAAAGGUUUUGUAUACAUGUAGACCUCUUAAUUUAUAUAUUUGCAACGUCUAUACGUUGUCUGGUAUACCACGGUUUUAAGACCAUCUCCUAGGUCAGCACACCCAUUCCUCCCAGCAUGGCCAUUAUUUUGUUGAUGCCUGAGAGCUCAGAGGAGUUCUAUGGUGCAACAGCAAGCAGUUAAGCUGACAGCAUGGUGUCUUCUAAGACCAAAUGUAUGUUACCUGUCAUGUGAAUAAAUAAUAAAACACCCAACCAGGAGUGCUGGCUCCGA